GGAAGAUUCUCAAAACACGAUGGUUCCAUUUCUCUCCAAGUCUUAAUAUACUUCAGUAUGUCUCUAAAUCUUCGCCGAUUUUCUUUAGGCUGGUCACUUUUCUAUUUUUUAUUUAUUUUAAAUACGAGGUUCGGUAGUUUUCAAAGGCAAUGGACACACGAUCCAAAAAAAGUUGAGAUUUGUAAGUUGAGUUCUUGCUUCGAUGUAGGCCACAAUGUUACUACGUUCUGUAAAGUAAAUGAAACUACCAUCGGGCGAUGUUGCGUGAGUAAUCGGACAGGAGUCAUUGGGCUUGACCUUACUAACUGCUCCUUAAAAACUUUACCAAGCUUACAAUCUGUGAAGACAUCAUUAAAUCAGUUGAUUUUGCCAGGGAGAUGUAAUUGUACAGGAGGAGACAGUCUUUGGAAACAACAUAACAUCAGUGGCUCAGAAAGAUGGUGCUAUGGGCAGAGAAAUUCCUGUAAAGUCCUAAAUGUGACCUGCCCUGCCAAUUCUGCUUGUUCCUCGAAUGGUCCAGGAUUCUCACAGUGUCUUUGUAAACCAGGUUGGCUUGGUUAUAAAUGCUUAGUUAAGCAUGGAUUUCCAUGGGCAGUAAUUUUUGCUCCUGUUGGUGGAUCAACAGUGGUUCUCUUAGUUGUUAUUUUGCUCAUCCAGAGAAGAAGGCGAGGUCAAGUGUCUACACAUUAUUCAAUUCUGUAGUGACAUAUGUUACAGUUACUUUGAAAAAAAAAACCAUCCAAGGUUGGCCAUAAAAAUCUGCGUGAAAGGGAUUAUCAAGGUGUAGGGGGGUGAAGGGAGUAUUGUCACUUACCAAAUCAUGUACAAGUCUUGCAGAUACAAUUUUUUUAAAGAAUUUAUAAUGUGACAGAAUUGUAGUAAUGUUAGAGUAUUUAAUUUUAAGUUAUUUUUGUUUUGCUUUACCAUGUUUUGAAAAUUUUUUAUAAACUGAAGUGUGAGUCCAUUCCUCAUGUUUUGCACAAUGAAAUUUCUAAAUACAAACACUCAAGCCUGACUGUGCUAAAAAAAAGAAAACAAAUUUAUCAAAAAGUUCACUCAUCGUUAAUCUCGUGUAAUGGGUAAUGAAUCUCUAGCAGCUUUCUUUGACUAAAUGCUUCUCAAAAAAUACUCAGUUGUAAAGUUAUGGUUUCUCAAAACACAACCAGACUUUGUGAAUUUAAUUCUUAAAGCUUUGAGUUUUUUAGAUUAUUUUCAUUGUAUUUUUAGAGUCCAAAACAAUUUUAACAAAAAAACGUAUACUUAAUGUUAGCUUAAAGUGUUUAUACGGCCAACAGGGUUUUUAUUGUUUUGGUAUCUCUUUAACCUGUAAAAAAGUAUUCUGAAAAAAAAAAA